GUUCCCCCCCUGCAAUGAAAAGUGAAAUUACAGUUUCUAGUGAAUCUCAUCAACAAUUAUUGUUGCAACGCCACAGAAAGAUGACCGGGAGGUCCUCAAUCGCCUCAGGGAAACGGCAUUUCUCCUUUUCCCUUCUCCCUUCCUCUUUCUUUCUCUCUCUCUUUCCUCUCCUACUAUGCUUGAUUAGAUGCCAGUUUGUCCCAGAUUUGAGAAAGAUACAUGAAAAAUUGUCCUUGAUGAUGAGGCUUACCUUGGAAAGCAUUUCAUUCUUCGGAAUGGGUGGCAUCGGAAAUUUUGUUUCUUAUCUUCUGCGAUGGAAUAUAGAGCUGGGAGUCGUUCUGCAAUGACGAAAUCUAGUUAUUUUUUACAACAUCUCAGAAGAUGCAAAAAAAAAAUCUCAAGAGGAUUGUGCUGGUUUACCACUUGCCAUGCCAAUCUAUAAGAGAUUUUAAUGGUAAGAUUAAUACCAAUUCUUCUUGUACUUAAUUUUUAUAAGUUAUUGAUCUAACAAUUUGUGAUUAUGAAUAUUAAUCAUGUCUUUAAGAAAACUAAUUUUAUUGUGGAUGCUCUAGCCGAGCAUAAUACUGAGAUUUUGUACUCUACUAUGAUAUACCAAUAUUCCUGCUUUCUGUUUACCUUUUGUAGCACAUGGUAGGGCAAUACCUUAUGUAGCAUAUGGUAGGGCAAUACCUUAUGUAGCAUAUGGUAGGGCAAACCUCUAUCUAUACCGAACAAGCACUAGGCGCUAUGUGCUCUUAAUUUUUUUUCCUAUGUUUGCUUCCAUGUACCAAGGUUUUAGACUUUCAUUUAGUCUUAGAAUGUGACGAAUAAUGAACUGUAUACCAAAAACCUGAAGUUCCAAGAGUGGAGGCAAAAAGGAAAGUAAAAUGUAGUUCAUUCAAGUACUUGGAUAUAUUUAUCAUCUGUACUAAAAAAAUGUGGACUCUUCUAGCCCCUUCCCUAAUUCUUGUAAAAUGUUCACACAUAGAAUUUUCACAAGUUUUCCUGCAGCUAUUGAUGUCA